GGGAAACGGCUGCAUAAAUAAAAUUGUACUGGUUAUUUUUUUAAAAUUUUUAUAUUGGCAAAACGACGCAGCAAACAAGACAAGAAGCACUGCUGAAUAAGACACGUAAAAGUGCUUUGACUGCAUUUAAAAUCAAUCAAUUGGUACCUUCCUUCAACCCGCCUGAAGUCACUUCGACAAGCCAGCAGACCUAUAAACCGAAAAGCAAUUGCGAGUUGUCGAAUUUACAAAAGAGUAAUAUGUCAUUUCGGAAUAUCCUUAUUGCGAUUGACGGGACCACUGAGUCGCAGCAUGCUCUAAACUACUACGCUCAUUUCUUCUACAAACCACAAGAUGACAUCACAAUAAUAGUUCACGGAAGUUCGGGGGGUCAGAAUAUGUCGAAGCUGCUAGAUGAGACAUAUGGGUUUUCGGGAGGCUAUGGAAUCAAAGAUGCCUUCAAGAAGAUAGUUUCAGAUUGGGCCAAAGAACACCACAUUGAAGAGUACAGGAUCCACGUGGUGUUCGCGACUAGUGAGAGCGAGCCGGGCAAGUUCAUCUGCAGCUACUCUUCCAACCACCAAGUAGAGUGCAUCCUAGUGCCCUGCCAUGGAGUGGCACUGCACCACAAACCACUCAAAGUCUCUAAAGUGCAAGAGUACGUGUUGAAAAACGCGGAGCAGCCGGUGCUAGUAGUCCCGCUGCACUUCAGCCGGAUGUUGCCGGACUGCUUCAACCCCUCCUCCCUCCACCCUCCCCACCUCAGUCUGAAGAAGAGUAAAUCUGCCAGCCCCAAACGACAAGUACGGAAAAUGUGACACCCAAACGUCCUUGAACUCUCAAUCUCCAAUGAUUUGCUUUCGCUACUUUGAGAUAAGAUUAAGUUUGAUUGUAAUUUUUUCUCAGUUAAGUUUCAAAAUAAAUCGCACUACU